AUGAACUUCCUAGAACAACAGCACGAGAAGCAGCCAGCCACUCACGAUGAGGUCAAUGAGAAAGGCCAUCCUGCGACAAGCAGCACGAAAGUCGCCGACAUAGCCCUCGAUGCCAAAGAUGCUACGGACAAGGAGCAUGCCAUGUCAUUGCGACAAGCCAUCAAGCUCUACCCAAAGGCGAUAGCAUGGUCAAUGUUCCUGUCUUCCGCCGUGGCCAUGGAAGGCUUCCAACUCAUCCUCAUAGCAUCCUUCUUCGCCUUUCCUCCUUUCACCAGGAAGUUUGGUGAGCUACAGCCAGACGGAUCUUACGAGGUCACAGCACCUUGGCAAAGUGCUCUCUCGAACGGCGCUCGCGUUGGCGAGAUCCUCGGACUGACCAUCCACGGAAUCAUCGCAGAGCGUUAUGGGUACAGGAUUACAAUCAUAGGGACUCUUAUGUCGAUGAUAGCGUUCAUCUUCAUUCUCUCCUUUGCUCAGAAUAUUGGCACCCUAGUCGCUGGGGAGAUAUUGAUGGGUAUACCUUGGGGAGUGUUCCAGACACUGACCACUACGUACGCUGCUGAGGUCUGUCCGGUGGUGCUCAGAGGAUACCUCACGACAUAUGUCAACUUGAUGUGGGCCGUUGGGCCGUUGGGAUUUCUCCAACGUUCAGAUCAAUGGGCUUAUCGUAUACCGUAUGCACUCCAAUGGAUGUGGCCUCCAGUUCUACUUAUUGGCACUGCCUUCGCCCCAGACUCACCAUGGUGGCUAGCACGAAGAUCUCGAUACGAUGACGCCAAGAAAGUCCUCCGACGACUGACGUCUGCCGCUUCAGAGACCGAUCUCGACCAGACUGUGGCAAUGAUGCGACACACAGACGAGCUCGAGAAGGAAGUCUCUAUCGGCACAUCCUACUGGGACUGCUUCAAGGGCACAGACCUUCGCAGGACCGAGAUUGUCUGCGUGGCGUGGGCCAUACAGCCACUCUGUGGUGCCUCACUCAUGGGCUUCUCAGCGUACUUCUUCAGGCAAGCAGGACUCAGCACACAUGUGUCAUUUGACUUCUCGAUGGCACUAUAUGCCAUAGCCAUGGUCGGCGUCAUCAUUGCUUGGUUCGCGAUCCAUCGCUUUGGCCGCCGCACCUUGCACCUCGCAGGACUCACAGCAAUGUGCCUCGUCCUUCUCAUCAUCGGAUUUGUCGCCCUGGCUCCGGCAACAGCCAAAGGUCCAAACUUCGCAAUCGGCUCUCUGCUGCUUGUCUGGGCACUUUGCUACAACAUCACAGUCGGCACGAUCACGUUCUCCAUCGUUACGGAGAUACCUUCGAACCGCUUAAGAACAAAGACUGUCGUCCUUGGCCGCAACUUGUACAACGUGGUCGGCAUCAUCAACGGAGUCAUCACGCCUCGCAUGCUGAACCCUUCGGCGUGGGAUUGGAAAGGAAAAGCAGGGUUCUUUUGGGCAGGUAUGUGCUUCUUAUGCCUGAUAUGGAGCUACUUUCGCCUCCCUGAACCGAAGGGCAGGACGUAUGGUGAAAUGGAUGCUUUGUUUGAACGCAAGGUCAGCGCGAGGAAGUUCAAGACGACGGCGGCAGAGCUCUUCUCCGCAGCGGCCCUUGAGAAGCAAGCUCCAAAGGUAGCAGACUAG